AUGCUUUUUCGCCCCCUUCUCUCCAGAGCGUGCACUGCAGGCACACCGUCGUCACGUCGCGCUUUCACUGCCACCUCUAUCCAACGCGCUUUCACUGCCACCUCUAUCCAACGCGCUUUCACUGCCACCUCCAUCCAACGCGCUUUCACUGCCACCUCCAUCCAACGCGCUUCCACUGCCCCCUCCAUCAAACGCGCACACUCCCUUGUCACUGCGCCUCCACGGGAAGAGCAUUUCGACGUACCAUGUCGAUCCAACGGCUCUAUCCAACUCGAUGUCUACCACGCUGCAGAGGCGUCGUCUCCUAUACUCAUCUAUCUGCCGCCAGGGCCUGUGAAACCUGAAAGUGCAGAGGCCGAAGAGCGUGUCCUCGCAGCCUUGCGUGCAUCGAGUGCAGCCACCAUCGUUCGCAUCAACUAUCGGGCAUCUCCACAGCACCAGUACCCAACACCCUACCACGACGUUCUCUAUGGCUACGACUGGAUCCAGGGCAACCUGCUUCUCGACGCGUCUCAACAGCCCUAUGCGGCGCGCCUUGGCGUCUGCGGCGAGCUGAUGGGUGGCUCCAUCGCCACCAUGCUAGCCCUGACAGAGUGUCGAGUGGGCGAGACUCGUAUCACGGCUGCUGCCGUGAACAAUCCCCUUGUGGACUGGGUCUUCCCUGACGACCUACCUCGCACCAGCCCGUCAGAGCUGCCAGAGCCAGAUUCGAACGAAGAAACCGCCUUCCCUGCUGACGACGACAUGAUGGCCUCGUUCAAAGCACUCCAAGUCGGCGAGCUGCCAAAGCCCAAACCAAAGCGAAAGCGCAGGCCGAAUGCUGUACCUCUGACCUCGUGGCAAGCUUGCGCUGACAACGCCACGCUACCCACCUGGAUGCUCUCUGCGAUGCGCCAUGUCUUGUUUCGGCGACAGGAUGACAUGUUUGAUCGCUUCGCCUCUCCCGUCCACUUCUUCCGCUCACCGCAUGCCCAGCUCGUCCUGUCACAAGUCGUGGAUCCAGCGCUCGAGCAGCCCGACUACGCACUCGACGUGGAGACCCAGAUGAGUCUGAGCCACUACGCCUCCUUCAACAGCAAAGCCCGGGAGCCGCUGGGUUCGCCCGAACUGACGAGAUGUCGCUCGUAUGCCCGUGUCUACCCACUAGCGGGUAUCGGAAAGAUCAGUCUCCCCGCAUGGCACAUCACAACUGGAUCACAGAGCCCGCUCUACGAUCAAGCAGCAGAGUUGUCAAAGGUGCUCAGACGGUCCAUUGCUCGUCACAGCAUGAAAGCUCAGACCGGCCGCUCAAGAGCACAUGAUGCGACGGAAAAGCAAUAUUACGAUGAGUAUGCGCAGGAGAGGGUCCAUUUCGACUCGCGUUCAGAUACAGGUCUUUGGUCUGAACAGCAACCCACUACACAACGACAGAAACAUAUCGAGGAUGUGGGAGCCUGGAUGAAACGACACUUGGCUCCCGAGUUCUCCUGA